AUUAUUCCCAAAGGCACAUAUAAACAGUGGUUUCCAUAUUGAACUUCUCAAGCAGAAGAACUGCAGAGGGAAGAAAAAUCUAGUUUACAGGGCUGCCUUCUACUUCCACGUAGCCUAGCAACUGUUUCCCAGGCAACCACGCCGUCAACAACGCGAAGCAACCCCUAGAGAAUUAGAAGGGCUAUUUUAGUUUCUUCCCAAGAGAGGACUGCUAACAGGUCAAAGGGGAAUUAGGUGAAAGAGAGAAACCUUAGUUCCGUGAGAAGUCAAGAGUAGGAAAGGAAACGGGAAUCAGUGAAGAAAGGGACAGACAUACUGGUAUAGAGAGAAAAAAGUUGACCAUUUUUAAGGAGUCAUUUUGGUGGCCAUGGAUACAACUUGCUUUUCUGAGAGCAUUUAUAACCUCAUACCCAGUGACCGGAAGGAGCCUCCCCAGCCUCCUAGGUACGUAUCCAUUUUUAAGGCCUCUAUUAAAGAUAACACGCAAAAAUGUAAAGCUGCAAUGAAGACUAUGGGGCCACCAAAAGUUGAACUACCUUCUCCAAAGAAUUUCCUGAAGAAACAUUCAAUGGAAAAAACUCUACCACCCAAAAAAAAGUUUGAUCGGAAUGAGCCCAGAAAGCCUCCUGUGCCACUGAGAACUGAUCAUCCAGUCAUGGGAAUACGAAGCGAAACAAAUUUUAUAAACACAAAUGCAGCCAAUGUCAUUCUGGGAGUGACUAAGAAGCCUAAACCAAUUUAUGUUGACAAAAAAACUGGAGAUAAGCAUGAUCUUGAAACUUCAGGACUAUUUCCAAAAUACAUCAAUAAAAAGGAUUACGGUGUCACACCUGAGUAUAUAUGUAAGCGAAAUGAGGAAGUAAAGAAAGCCCAAGAAGAAUAUGAUAACUAUAUCCAGGAAAACCUUAGGAAAGCAGCUAUGAAAAGGAUUUCUGAUGAAGAAAGGGAGGCAGUUCUUCAGGGGCUGAAGAAGAACUGGGAAGAGGUACAUAAGGAGUUCCAGUCCCUCUCUGUGUUCAUCGAUUCCAUACCGAAGAAGAUUCGCAAGCAGAAGCUGGAAGAAGAAAUGAAGCAGCUGGAACAUGACAUCGGUGUCAUUGAAAAGCACAGAAUUAUUUACAUUGCCAAUAAGUAAUAACGGAUUUCUAAAAUAGAGUCAUUUUCACAUAGGAAAAAGCCCUCUGGAAAACAUAAACAUGAAACUUUGCUUUUCAAAAAGGAAAAUACUCUGAAAGAGAAUAAAAAUAGUUUUUACCGAAAUGCUUAGGCAAUGUUUAAAGGAUAAUUGAAUUAUUCUACUUACAUGAGGGAAAAUUCUGUUUUUACCAGUGUUACGUUUUCUAAGCAUGAAGUUUGAUGUUGCGUGUUCCAACUUGUAGUAUAAUCCAUUAUUAUUAUGUACUUGUUUCACAUAAAUAUUAAUUUCCGGGCCCCAAAGAAUAAAGCCAGCACUAGGAACUUCCGAUUUUUUCUACACUGCACGAUACAAAGAACACAACAUUAAAAACUUAAGUAUUUUGAAUUGGAAAUAGUGGCAUAUGCUUUCUUGCUUCUCCAGUGUUCUUGGCAUAUUUUUUCAGAACCGCCCACGUUUAGCAGUGUAUAUUUUAGGAUAGCCUAUGUCAUUUCCAACCAUUCCCAACUGCAAAUAUUUUCAAUGUCUAUAAUGCUAUAUAUUUGCCGAAGGGGCUUAUAUUUCAAGGAAGAAAAAUGAAGAAGGCAGCAUAAAAUCAAGAACACAAUUUACAAAAUGCAUCACUGAGGAUAAUCAAAGAGAAUAACUUUCUUCCAAGCGUACCAACUUUUAAAAACUUGUCUAUUCACUGUAAGUGCUUUACUCCAUAAUUCAUUAUAUGUGUUGCACUGAAAUGGGAUGUUGCUUUUUCUUUUUGGUCCUAUGUAUCUAUUUUUUGAAUUCUAAUGUUUCUAUUUGUAAGAUUAAUUUAUUAAGCAAUAAAUUUAUGUGAGUAGAGCUGUCUUCAACUCUAUGGCUAUAAGGAAAGUCUAAAAGGAAAAGAUUUUUUUUUAUGAAACUUUAGAGAAAUUCAGUAAUACAUAUGAAAUAGAAAAUAUCAGAGAAUAACAACAUCUGCUACUAACACUGAUUUUAAUCUUAUGGAAAAUAGAAAAAAAUAUGGCAACCUUUUGAGACUUUUCCCAAACAGAAUUUGAGAGCAUGGUACAAAAGCUUACUUUAAAUAAAAUGGUUAUACACAAA